AAAAAAAACUGCGCAAAAAAUAUUAAACCACACAAACGUUGCAUCACGCAACAACAACAACGACAACGAAAUUCAAUGCAAAACGCAACUUGAAUUCUCCAAAAAUCAAUAAGCAGCAGCACAGCAGCAGCGAAGGAGCAGAGGCAGACAGAAGCUGUGACAACUGCAACAACAACAACAACGACAAACAAGAACAUCAGCAGCAGCAGCAGCAGCAGCAGUGCAGGAAGAACAAGAACGGCAACUGACAAAACAAGUACCGUAAAAGCUUGAGCACUUAAGGCGAAGCUUCAAAGCGCAGCCAGCGCUCAAAGCAGCAGCAACAAAGACACAAAAACAAAAACAAAACGAACAACAAAAGUGAAAAGUUAAAAUUUACAUAAUUCAUUGGCUGCUGCGACAGCGUUUCAAAUACAGCUAGAAAGAGAGCAAGAGAGAGAGAGAGAGAGAAAGAGCGAGCGCGAUGCCCUCAUUGCUGGAGGCGCUGGAGCGCAAAUAUUUCGCCGAAUGCGAAUUCGAGAACGCCAACCAGCCGGAGCUGCACAAGCGCUCCGAUCUGCCCAAUGACUUUACGGUUACCAAAUGUGGCGGACGCAUGGAGUUCUCCAUAUUCAUACCGCGCCUCUCCCCGCUGACCAGUGUGCCCGCCCUGCUGGUGCUCAACGACUGCGACAUCGAUUGCGCCGGCGAUUUUGAGAGCAUACGCGACAAAUGCCAGCGUGUGCGUGAGCUGGAUCUGGCGCAGAACAAGCUGCAGGAUUGGCAUGAGGUGUUCAACAUACUGAAGCAUAUGCCGCGCAUCGAAUUCUUGAAUCUGAGCAAGAAUCAGCUGCUGAGCACGCCCAGUGCGCUGCUGGCGGCACCGACGAUUAAUCUAAAGAAUCUGGUGCUCAACGGCACCUACCUGGACUGGAUGUGCGUGGAUGCGCUGCUGCAGAACUUGCCGGUGUUGCAGGAGCUGCACCUGAGCCUGAACAACUACAGUGCCGUGCUGCUGGAUGCGGCUGAGGUGGCGGAGCACAGCAACAGCAGCUGCCAAUGCGUGCCACAAACCGAAACCGAAACCGAAACGGAAACGGAAGCGGAAGCGCAAGCAUUGUCUGAGAGCUGCUGCAACCUGUGCCGGGCCAGACGCAAGCUGACCCAGGCACAUCCGGCGCUCAAGACACUGCACUUCACGGGCAAUCCCAUCGAGCACUGGCAGGAAAUUUGUCGCCUGGGCAGACUCUUCCCCAGCCUCGAGGCCCUAGUGCUGGCCGAGUGCCCCAUCAAAUCGCUGCAGGCCAACGCCGAACUGGACUCGGCCAGCGCCAGCGAGUGCCACAAAUAUUUCCCCUGCCUGAAGCUGCUCAAUCUGAGCUGCGCCCAGCUGAACAGCUGGGCGGACAUCGAUGAGCUGGCCAAAUACGGUCAGCUGCAGAAUCUGCGUGUCAAGCACUGGCCCCUCUGGGAGACACUCGAGUGCACCGAGCACGAGCGCCGUCAGCUGCUGAUCGCCCGUCUGCCCAAUGUGUCCAUGUUGAAUGGCGGCGGAAAGAUCAGCGUGGAUGAGCGUGUGGACGCGGAACGCGCCUUUGUGCGCCAUUACAUGGACAAGCCGGAGUGCGAGCGGCCGGCACGCUAUGCAGAGCUGCUGGCGGUGCAUGGCCAACUGGAUCCGCUGGUCAAUGUCAAUCUGAAGCCGGAGAAACGGGUCAAGGUCAUAUUCACCUACAACGAAGUCAGCGAAAGUCGUUUCGUGGACAUUUAUCUAACCGUCAACGAUCUGAAGGUCAAGCUUGAGAAGCUAAUCAAUUUGGCGCCAAACAAGAUGCGUCUCUAUUACCUGGACCAGGACUACAAGGAGUUUGGGCCCGAGGAGAUGCGCUAUCCCAACAAACAGCUCUACAGCUAUAAUAUACAAUCGGGCGACGAGAUCAUCAUAGAUGCCAAGAAGUGAGCGCCAGAUUUCUCUGGCCCACCUGGUUGGCUACCUGGGCACCUGGACACCUGAAGCGGUCGGUGCUAACAGCAACAAAAACAACUUGUGAUUUUUGUAUCGUGCUUAUACAGACGGAUACAACAACCCAACCAUAUAUAUGUAUAUACAUAUAUCUCGAUAUAAUACAUAAAUCUAUCGUACAUAUUAUACAUAUUUUUACUAUUAUUUACCGCCUUCCAACAAA